CUUCCGGUCGCCAUCUUUCUUUAGACUCGGAGUCGCUGCGUUGGAAACACACCUUUUCAUUUUGAAGCGGGCGGUAAUUUCAUCCAAAUGGACAGACUGUGGAUGAAGUACCUUCAAAACUGCAACAGUGCUGAAUGUCCAGCCACCAGUCGUCUUGCUGCUGCUUCAAAAUAAGUUAAAGCAACUGGCAUUCCAGGCACGGAUCCUCUCAUCCAUGCAUGGUUUCUCCCAGGAAAUUGUUUUGGACUCGAAGACUCUAUUGGGUUAAACUUGUGUCCAACUGGUGAUUAACAAGCUAACUUCUGUCUGGUGUCUGAACUGCAGUGGUAAUCGUAUGAGUCCACUCACUUGACUUCCUCUCCCUGGAUGACAACCAGGACAGGGGACCUCCCGUUUCUCUAGUAGUCCACCACAAGCUCAUUGGUUUUGCUGAUAUUGAGAUUCAGGUGUGUGAAAGCGUGAUUUACCAGGCUGACCUGUGAUCAUUCAGAACGCCAUAACCUGGGUCGGGAGACCUGUCCGGCAUUUUUUAAGGUACCGCUGGUAGAGGGAGAGUCAGGGCUGCUGUCUCAGACUGGCGCCGGCAGACACAGAUGCGUUCCACACUCUUUGCUUUGGUAGGUCUUUGGGAAGAAGUCUGCAGGGGGCUCAACAUGGUGCAGGAGAAGAAUGAUGGGAUAAACAAAGACAUGGUUCUUCCACCCAUUCAACAGAACAGACCUGCUCUCUCAUGGGAAUUAAAGAUCAAGAAAAAGCUGAAGACUGUGUCUCCCUGUCUGGGAAAGUUCAGACCACUUGUGGGCCAGUGCUGCCACCAGUGCACCCCAGACAGCCUGCGUAAGAAGCUCGGACAAAGCUCCUCCCUCGGUUUCCACAACCUUCUGAGUGUCAACGAGACGCACACUAGGUAUCGAGGCUGGCUAGUGCGGAGGGUGUGCUGUGCGCUGUUUGUGAGUGGGUGCAAGGUUUAUCCGAGUCCUGUUCGCAGCAGACUGGAGAGAGUCUGUCAGAGCAACAGGGUGAGGGAGGCUCUCACAGCAGAGCAUAAAGCACCUGAGGGGGGAGACAGCCAAGGGCAGCUCAACCGCCUCUCCACAUUCCUCCCCCUCAUUAACACCUGCAUCUCCCCUGGACUUUUACGAUUCGUGGGCUGGUUGAUGCUGAAGAUGUUCUCUUCCAUAUUUGGCAGUAUUCAAGUUAACCUCAACCAUCUGCCGCCUUUGCACAGAGCCUCACAAGAGGGAUCUCUGCUGGUCUAUGUGUAUGUCCGUCAGACCAUCAUGGACGGUGCUCUCAUCCCUCUGGUUCUCUUCUGUCACAACCUGAGAGUCCCAUACACUGUCUGUCCACUCCGGAUUAACAGCUCUUUCCUAAGAUCAGUCCUGCAGAAGGUAGGCGUCAUCCUCCUGCCAGCAUAUGCGACGACUGAGCAGGAUGCAGAGAUGGAUGGUCUGUACUCACCUGUCAUGACAUCUCUGGUACAUGAGCUGCUACAGGAGGGCCAGGCGAUAAGUGUUGGUGUGUCAGCAGAGUCUGGCCGAGGUGGCCAGUGGCUGGCUUGCAUCAGACAGCUCAUCAAAGAGGGCUCCUUCCCUGAUGUCAGUCUGGUCCCUGUGGGCAUCUCAUACGACUGCGUGCCCCGGAGCGACACACAGGUUGGCUUAAGUUCUGUACUGCGGUGGCUGUGGUCACUUCUCUGGAGGAGACCAGGAGGAAGUGUGAGAAUCCACCUCGCCCAGCCCUUUUCUCUCAAGGAGAUGUGCGAGUCAGGGAGGUGCAGAGUAGAUGAAUGGCUCCCUCUACAGGACCUGUUGCUGCCUGUUAUCCUCAACAACAGAACUGACAGCGUGUUUGGGCAGAGGAGGAUGUCGUGGCUCCUGCCUCCUCAUAAUGCAUCUGAACAAACUCAUCCAGAGAGAGACCUCAGCGUUGCCAUCAUCCUCCACCUCAUCUUCUCUGCCUCCUCCUGCAUGGCCGUGAUGUCCACCAGUCUCCUGUCAAGUCUUUUACUGUACAGACACCGCAAGGGUGUUAGUACAUCUGUUCUGUGUCGUGAUGUGGCCUGGCUCACGGAUGAACUCUUGUUCAGGAACAAAGACGUCGGCUUUGGAGGAAGUUUAGUGGAGGUUGUCCACUAUUCCCUCUCUUUGCUCGCCCCUCACCUCAUUAUUGCCGCAGUGCCGUCUAGGAAAGACCCUUUUAUUGUGCCGCGUCCUUCUCUUGCUGCCACACUUCACCUUACCCUCCAGGCCCAGAUUGUCACACAUACUUUUAUAUUGGAAGCUGUCGGUGCGUGCGCUGUCUCAGCCAUGCUGUGUGAGGUGGCCGGCAGUGGUGUCAGCAGCAGGGUACGGAGUGACGGCGUUGAGGGAGAGGAGGUCAAAGGUGACAUGGAGUUUGAUGUGGUGCUCUGCCAGUCUGAGCUGACUGAGAGAACCCUGCAGCUCUGCCAUCUCCUGCCUCCGGGCUUUAUGCCAACCUGUCAGUCGUCCCAGAGUUUUGCUCUGGAUGCAGUUGACAGUCUGGUACGCUGUGGCAUCCUGAUCAUGGAAGAAAUUCCCAGGGACGUUCCUAUCUGUGAUUUCUGGAAGAGGGAAGGCGCUCUGACCUGGACCACCACCGAUGACCCCUAUCACAGUGACUCUGACUGUGAGGAGCAGGACCUGCGUUCCUACAAGAUAAGCCAACCAAGUCAGUGCCCCGAGAUGCUCUUCUUCCUCUGCAGUAUGCUAGCUGGACAUCUGAGGGCGCUGUGCUGGACCACCUCAGUACUGGAUCUCCUACACACACCUCUGCCAGAAGCAGAGUUUAUGGCUCAGAUACACUUCCAUCUUUGUGACGCAGCAAAUAAGAAGAAACAGCACUAUGAAAGCUGCUCAGAGGAGGCUGCACACACUGCAGUUAGAACACUAAUAGACCUGGGGGUCCUGUUGGAGGAGCAGCAGAAAGGAGGCGUCCUCCUCGGUGUCAGUCCUUUGUUCCAGUUGUCAGAAAACAGGAAGAAACUGCACCGCUUCAUCUCACAGUACCUCUAUAAUUAAAGUGUUAAACUGAGCGUCGUGAUUCAAGGCCUCAACGCUGCUUUUGUUAUGUUACAGUCUGACCUCGUCCUCUGUUAGUGUCAGAGAAGCUCGCGUUCAGGUGCAUGCUGAGCCAGGACGCUGGCGCCUUUAGGUUAAUUGCAUUUUGAUUUUUCAGUGAUGAGACAUUGAUUUUAAGUUUGUCUUUAGUAAUAGCAUUAGCAUAAACCCGCAGGAGACGAGGAUUAUGAGGUCCCCGUAAUCAGCUGUCAGGACUCACUGUAAGAUGAUGCUGUUCGGUGCAGCUCGUGUUUAUGUUGUAAUGAAGGCUGCUGAAGUUUUGCUCGUAACCAGCAACAUAUUUUAGUUCUGCUUUUUUUUGUAGUUUUUCACAAGUUGAUUAGUUAAAAGUUGUCUGCUUGUUUCAUCCUUAUAUUGAUGCAUACUUUGAGGAGCUUCAUGAAUAAAGACUUACAGUUUCUUCUUA